GAGAGCCGAACAAGCACAUAGUAUCACUAAAGGCAUAUGGUAGAGCUCGGAAAUAGUGCUUCGGAUAUAGUACCCGGCGCGAUCAAUGACGCUCCGCAUCCGCCAAGCUCUAGUAUCGGAUCAUCGUUUAUCAAGAACAACAAGAUCCCUUCCCCACAACCAUGCACAUACACUCGAUAAGGGUUAAUGCCCUUGAUUAAUUGCAACUAACUAGCACCUCGAUCGAUCUCCGCAUAGUCUCAUGUCGUGUGUCCAUUGACGACGACGUCGUCACUCCAUGACGCAUUCCCCGUCCUGAACACGCCUGCCUGUCACCAUAAUCCCUAUCACCAUCCUCACCACCACCACGAUGGCAGCGCCAGAUCUGAACCCUCUGCCAGACCAGCUUGUCCACCUAAUCGUGCGCUUCGCAGCUUCGAUACCGGACCUUUCGCUUCCUAUACCAUCACCACGAACGACAACGACCCUGUCACUCAAGCAACUGAUCAGGCCAAACCUCCCCCCCUCGCUCGCCGCCUCGCGCCUGCGUCUUAUUUAUGCAGGAAAGGUCCUGGCAGAUGCUGCACCUCUGAGUACAUCACUCCGCCUACCGCCACCGCCUCCGUCUCGAGAUAGAACACACAUUUAUCAGGAUCCGGGCAGCAAUGACAAUGGCAAAGGCAAAGGGAAAUUGCCGGUGAAAGAUACGGCUGGUGUUUCGCCGAAUGUGCAUUUACAACAAGAGGCAAAGAAAUACUAUAUACACUGCUCACUGGGUGAUGCGCUAUCUGCCAGUGAAUUGUCUGCAGAAGCUAGUACUGCGCAUGCGUCUGAACUAUCUCUUCAGCACGAGCUGGAGUCAUCCGAUACUAAGGCGCAUCGCCGGUCGAUUAGCGGUGGCAUCAGCGGGAGAAAUGAUGGCCGAAGAAGGGGGAGCACAACCACUGCGCCUGCACCGCAAGGCUUCGACAGAUUGCUUGCAUCCGGGUUCACUGCCCAGGAGGUGGCAUCUCUGCGAUCCCAUUUCCAGACCAACCUGAGCUAUACACAUACACCGGACACCAUGCCGAGUCAAACAGAGAUGCGCGCUUUGGAAGAUAGAUGGCUUGACUCCACGGCUACAGACCCCUCGCCAGCACUCACGGGCGAGGCAGAUGCUGGCUGGGGUGCUGGGUUUACAGUGGAGGAGGGCGGGUUAGAUGAUAUGCUAUAUGGAUACUUGACUGGAUUCUUCUGGCCGCUAGGAGCCCUGAUCUGGGGUUUUAGAGAAGAGGGCGUCUGGCCGAGGAGACGGCAACUAGCGGUCGCGAUGGGAGUGGUGCUGAAUGCCGCAUUUGGUUUCAUGAGGUGGAGCUCGUGAGGAAUCGAGGUGCUCGACAGCACGUCGCCAUACAGACUUCAAUUGCGGACUUCGAAUAACGGCAAAUUCUGAACCACGUUCGCCAUAUUGUGCCGUAUUGCACUCGGUGUACAUGCGUGUACCUGAAAAUCUCUCCACCACUCCGUCGGCAUUGAAAGCCCGAUUGUAUCCACGAAAUGCCUCAUCACGAGCUCAAUGUAUCACCGCAGUUGGCAUCGUGAGAUUUAUGGUGGAUCUCAUUACCCCCUCGAAAUGCUCGAUCCUUCCAGUCAUUUCGUGCGACCACGACCAUCGAAGGUAUCGUGAUGCGACCGGCCCUGGGCCUAGCACGUUAAAGGCUAAAGAGGUACGCAGGGGGGUGCUAUGGAACAUCAGAAUUUGAGAUCGCGAGUCGGUAUGAAAUUUUCAGCAAUAGUUCAACAGCAAAGCAAGAAAAUCC